AUGAAGCUUCUCUUGUUUGUAUGCAGUCUCUUGUUGGGCCGUGUGUCACCCUUUCAAACGACACCAGCCCAUUUUGCUUUGCCCAAGAAGCACUCAACGACCUUGCUUCACACUGCGAACGAUGACGCCGAAACAACAUCCCAACGUAUUUCCAUCGAGUACUGCACCGGAUGCAGAUGGAUGCUUCGGGCAUUCUGGAACGCUCAGGAGCUUUUGUCUACCUUUGAGAAAGAUCUCGACUCUAUCACAAUAGUUCCAAGUUCUUCGAAAGGAAUCUUUGUUGUUCGCUUGAACGGGGAGAGCCUAGUAUGGGACAGAAAGGAGAACGAUGGAUUUCCUUCGCCAAAAGAACUCAAGCAAGUCGUUCGAGACCUGGUAAAACCAGACAAGUUCUUGGGCCACUCUGAUACCGAGGAACGUCAAAGUUCGGAUUCUGAAAAUGGCGACUCUGUAGUGGAUACUUCCACGGCGGUCGAGUCGACGCCAGUCUACGUGGCUGACGAAUCGCCCUCGAUUACCAUCACCUACUGCACUGGUUGUAAAUGGCUACUGCGUGCCGCAUACUAUGGUCAGGAGCUCUUGACAACUUUUGAUACAGAAAUCAAGUCCGUGACGUUGGUGCCCUCCAAGGCAGUGAAAGGGGGCGAGUUUUCUGUUCACUUGGACGGUAAUCUUCUGUUUGAUCGCAAAACGGAUGGUGGAUUCCCAGAGACUAAAGAACUGAAGCAAAUGAUUCGUGACGUAGUUUCUCCAAGCAAAGAUUUGGGUCACUCUGAUGUCGAGGAAGAAGUAUCUGACGAAGAUUCUGCAGAACAGCGUCGCUUCUUUGGAGUUGACUAG